GAAAGACUACUGUUGCUGAAUAUGCCAUUGCAUUGAGUCAAAAGCAUAUGACGAGAGUGAUUUAUACAUCCCCUAUAAAAGCGCUAUCAAAUCAGAAAUAUCGCGAGUUUAAGAGAAAGUUUGAAAGCGUUGGAUUAUUAACAGGUGAUUUGCAAAUAAAUCAAACUGCUUCAUGCCUAAUCAUGACGACAGAGAUUCUACAAUCAAUGUUGUAUUGUGCAUCUGAUGUUUUACGGGAUUUAGAAUUUGUCAUAUUUGAUGAAGUGCAUUAUAUAAAUAAUGAAGAUAGGGGUCACGUAUGGGAGGAAAUAGUCAUUCUUUUACCACAGACAAUCAAUAUAGUAAUGUUAUCUGCGACUGUACCAAAUCCAAUAAUAUUCGCAGAUUGGGUCGGUCGUAUCAAGAAGCGAAAAAUGUACGUGAUUAGCACUUUGAAUAGGCCAAUACCUCUUCUACAUUACUUAUACACUGGCACUGAUGGUAAGACUAAAGAUGAUAAGUUUUUGGUCUUUGAUGGCAACAGCCAGUUCUUAUUAGAUGGAUGGUACAAAGCGACCAAUGCAUCCGAUAAGAAAAAGAAUAAAAACCCAAAGGAUUCUAGGAGAAGAAUUCAGAUGACUCCAAAACAAGAAGAAGUAUUAUGGAGAGCAUUUAUAAGUCAUCUCCAGAAAAAUGAUAUGUUACCUGUUGUUGUAUUUACUUUGUCAAGAAAACGUUGUGAUAUGAAUGCUGCUACACUGAGAAAUCUCGACUUAACAACCGCGAGGGAGAAACAUCAAGUGCAUGCAUUUUUUCACUCUAAUAUAAAACAUCUGAAAGGUAGUGAUAGAGAAUUACCACAAGUACUUAUGAUGCAAGAGCUCUUGGAGAAAGGUGUAGGUAUACAUCAUAGUGGGAUACUGCCAAUUUUGAGAGAAAUCGUAGAAAUGUUAUUCCAAAGUGGAGUUGUAAAGUUACUAUUCGCGACAGAAACUUUUGCCAUGGGAGUUAAUAUGCCAGCUCGCACGGUGGUAUUUGAUUCCAUACGAAAGUACGACGGAAACAACUUUCGUAUCUUACACCCGACUGAAUAUAUACAAAUGGCUGGUAGAGCUGGACGGCGAGGUCACGACACAACGGGAACAGUUAUAGUGAUGUGCAGGUACGACGUACCGCACUUUAACGACUUGAAACCUAUGAUGUGCGGCGAGCCGCAGACAUUGGAGUCGAAAUUCAAAGUCACGUACUCCAUGCUCUUAAAUUUGAGAAGGGUGAAUGAAUCCGUCACCGUUGAAGCGAUGAUGCGCAAGUCUUUCAAGGAAUCACCGCUAGCAUCACAGGAAGCGACGUAUAACAGCGAGUUACGAAAAAUCGAGCGAGAAUUAUCAAAUCUGCCGACUUUGACUGAGAUGCAGAAGAAGCUCUCUACGUUUUAUCACGUGGCGGUCGAUUAUCUAGAGGACGUUAAAUUUUUAAAUCCUUAUUUGUUCGAAUCCAAAAAAUUAGCGAAAGCUUUAACCGAAGGCAGAAUCUUGCUAAUAUCAUAUGCAAAUCAUUACAACAAAUUAGGUCUAUUACUGCAAGUCAUGCAUUAUAAAAGUUUCACCCAAUACAGAGUGUUGAUACUCAAGGACGCGGACGCAUCCAAUUCCGAGGCUGCUGAAUUCAAGAAUCUUCAAAUAUAUGAAAAAUGGUGUGAAAUUAUUAGUCUAACGAAAAAAAAUAUAUUUGUUCCAAGCACUAAUACAUCGCACGAGGUCGUGACUUUAUACUCAUGGCAUAUACUGAAGAUAACUAAGUGUCAGAUAAAAGUCGAUUGCUCUUUAGUGCAGAAUGAUUGGGAAAAGAGGCAAAUCUCACGAUUUAAAAACGAUCCACCGGGGCAGACGUGUCAGACGGCGGUUCAAGAAUUAAUUUCUCUAUCAUUUAAUGCUGCCGCCAAUGAUCAAAUUCUAUGUCCGUAUAUCGAACUUUUAUCGAAAAAUGAUUUUCAAUUAAGAGUACAGCAUAGAGACAAAUUAAAAGCUGAACUCAACGACAUGAGGUGCAUGGAAAUACCGAAUUUCGAAGAACAGUUUAGACCUGUAUUCGAACGAAAUCAACUCGAAGAUAAAAAACGGCAGCUCCAACUUAAACUUAGCGAUGAAGGAAUGGCGCUGUAUCCGGAUUAUAUGAAUAUGGUGGCUCUGCUCAAACAUUUGAGAUAUAUAGAUAGCGAUGAAAGAGUUGGUUUAAAAGGAAGAGUCGCGCUGCAAAUGGGUAGUAACGAGUUGUUGAUAACAGAGCUGAUUCUCAAGAAUGUGUUAACCGUUUUACAACCAGCGGAAAUAGUAGCGUUGUUAUCAGCACUAAUCUUUCAACAACGUACAGAUUCGGAACCUACACUCACACCGAAUCUCGCUAAUGGUUGCAAGAUAAUGAGCGAGGUGCAUGCGGAAUUGGAACGUUUAGAGCAGCAAUAUCAAUUGUCGAUGAUACCGUCUUUGAAUUUCGGUUUGGUGGAAGUUGUCUACGAAUGGGCGCAAGCUAAAUCGUUCGCAGAGAUCAUGAAAAUGACGGACGUCCAAGAAGGAAUUAUAGUUCGAUGUAUACAACAACUCGGCGAAACCUUGCGAGAUGUUAAAAAUGCGGCCGUGACUAUAGGUGAUCCGGUUUUGAAAGAAAAGAUGGAGGAAGCUUCGACUGCAAUCAAACGCGACAUAGUUUUCGCCGCAUCUUUAUAUACUCAAGAUUAGUGAGAAGAUGAAAUAUAAAAUAAUCUGACUUUUGGAGAUAGAAAAAUGUAUUCCUUUUAUAAAUAUAAUGAACUGAAUACGUACACAUUUUUGAAAAC